UAUGUAUACUCAAAACGAGUGUUUGAAAAUUAAGUGAAAUCAGAAAUACAUUCGUAUCCACGACAAAACACAAAAAUAUUUAUUUAUUUCGCAUUGAGUUGCCGUUAGCGAAAAAUGUUAGAUAUAUUUCGUGGCUUGAAAAACCUUGUAAAGGUCAGUCACAUUAAAACCGAUUCGCCAGUAUUCCGCCUACACUACUCGAUAACUGUGAUGAUUUUGAUGUCUUUCUCAUUGAUUAUAACUACAAGACAAUACGUUGGCAAUCCCAUUGAUUGUGUUCACACCAAAGAUAUUCCAGAAGACGUGCUCAAUACAUAUUGUUGGAUACACUCGACAUAUACUUUGCGUGAUUAUUUCGGUAAAAAGCAGGGCAUAUCUGUACCAUACCCUGGUAUUGCCAAUUCGGAUGGUGACGUUCACACCAAGAAGUACUACAAAUACUAUCAAUGGGUGUGUUUUUGCCUAUUUUUUCAGGCGAUUUUAUUUUACACACCAAGAUGGCUGUGGAAAUCUUGGGAAGGUGGCAAAAUUCAUGCACUUAUCAUGGACUUAGAUAUAGGAAUUUGUUCCGAAGCCGAGAAAAAACAAAAAAAGAAAUUACUAUUAGAUUACUUAUGGGAAAAUCUAAGGUAUCACAACUGGUGGGCUUACAGAUACUACGUGUGCGAAUUACUGGCACUCAUAAAUGUGAUAGGUCAAAUGUUUCUUAUGAAUCGAUUUUUCGAUGGCGAAUUUUUGCAAUUUGGCUGGAAGGUUAUAAAAUAUAUGGAGGACGAUCAAGAAGAUCGAAUGGAUCCCAUGAUCUACAUAUUCCCUAGAAUGACCAAAUGUACAUUUUUUAAAUACGGUUCAAGCGGGGAGGUGGAGAAACACGACGCCAUUUGCAUACUGCCAUUAAAUGUUGUUAAUGAGAAAAUAUACAUUUUCCUUUGGUUUUGGUUCAUACUUUUAACGUUUCUAACACUGUUAACGUUAAUAUACAGGGUGGUAAUUAUAUUUUCACCACGCAUGAGGGUGUACUUGUUUCGUAUGCGAUUUAGGUUAGUGCGUCGAGACGCUAUUGAAAUAAUCGUUCGUCGGUCGAAGAUGGGCGAUUGGUUUUUAUUAUAUUUAUUAGGUGAAAAUAUAGAUACGGUUAUAUUUCGUGAUGUUGUACAGGAUUUAGCCAAUCGUUUAGGACAUAACCAACACCAUAGGGUGCCUGGACUGAAAGGUGAAAUACAGGAUGCAUGAUAUUGGGAGUAUUAGAAAGUAUACAAAAUGCAAUUUGUCGUCUCAAUAUAACCGUCACUAUCACAAUAAUAAUAUCAACACCAAAACCGCUUUAGUAACAGCAGCAGUAGCACCGGCUUCCAAAAAUUCUCACCAAUGCAAAACUAAUAAAAAUAAAAACAACAGAAAAACUCCAAAAAAAGCGAAACCACAUUAACGCCAUCAGUUUCACCGGCAUUUAAUAUAAUCCGCUAUAAAAACAAAUUCUAAGAAAUAAAUAUAAAAAGCAGAAUGCUUUCAUAAUAGACGAUAUUAGUAUAAACCAAAAGUCAAAUAGUGUGUGACAGCGACGAAUUGUUUAUACAUAUAUGUGUGCGAAUGUGUGUAAACUAAACAAUUAAGCGUAGCAUAUGUUAGGAAUAGCAAAUAAGCGUGUUCAAGCAGACGAUCUCACCUACAUUCGUAAAUCAUCGAGACGCAUCCAAAUAUUUAUAGCUUGUCAU